AUGGCCCUUCCCAUGAAGAAGUCCGUGAUGAAGAGCAUGAAGGCAAUGAAAAAGACCACCGCGAUGAAAGCUCGAGUGAUGAAGAAGAAGGCAGUGAGCAAGAUUGCUCGAGGAAAGUCGGCAAAGGCCGUGGUCUUCAGGGGCAGCAAAGAGAAGACUGCAACAGGUUUCAAACAGACAGACUUGUUGAAGAACAAGCGCAACAAGGUUGUGACCAAGAAGCAGCAUGCUGCCGGCAAGAAAGCCUACAAAAACAUCUCCGCUUGGACCACCGCAGUGACAAAGGCCAGGAAGGAGUUGGGCAUCAAAGGCUUCUGCGCUGUGAACGGCAAGACAGCGCAGGGCAAGGCUCUCUAUGCCAAGGCCAAGGCCACCUAUGUUGUCUUCAAUUCAGCGCAGAUGAACCGCUAUGACUAUCCACGACACACGCUUGGGAUGCAUGCAGACAACGAACCUGACCUGGAUCGAGAUGCGCCCAUCGUUUCGGUGAGCUUCGGCGCUACCCGGGACUUUGUGAUCCAGGACAAGGGCAACGAGAGUCAGAAGUGGGUCGUGCCCCUGGCUGACGGUGCUUGGUUGGUGAUGGGAGGUGCCAUGCAGCAGAAUUACCUCCAUGGCGUGCCCCAUGGUGGAAUGGCUGGCACCCGCAUCAAUCUCACCUUUCGCGUCUGUAGACCUCGAGACUGA